GGCGCAGAUAUCACUCAUUCGUCGCGGAACCUUUGCCGCCAUAACUUAUCGCUUCCAAUUUUGAAUGUCAAUUUAAUUUGGAAUAAAAUUAUAACGAUAAAAAUAUCUAUGAGCGUCUAUUGUCGUUUGAUUUUUCUCUGAAGUGUUUUGUGUUGUGUUUGGCUGGCGUUUUGUUUUGAAGUUGAUUUUGAUAAGUCAAAAUGGCGCCAUCUGUUAGCGUGGCGCAGUACUAUGCGGGCAAAAAUGUCUUCAUCACUGGUUCUACGGGAUUCAUGGGAAAAGUUCUUGUUGAAAAACUGCUGAGAUCCUGUCCAGAUAUUGGGAAUAUCUAUUUGCUAUUGCGACCAAAGAAAGGGCAAAACAGUAAAGAGCGGCUUGAUGACUUUAUUAAUAACAGGGUAUUCGACCGUCUCCACUCCGAGGCUCCACACCAGCUCUCCAAGCUCCGCCUAGUGGCUGGAGACAUCCUGCAGGCAGGGCUGGCGGCGUCGGCCGAAGACGUAGCCGAGCUGAUGAGGGAGACACACGUGCUGUUUCACUGCGCCGCGUGUGUUAGGUUCGACCAGAGUAUCCGAGACGCUGUAAGACUGAACACAGGGGGAACGCAGAAAAUAUUAUCCCUGGCUGAAAAAAUGGAGAAACUUGAGGUCUUCGUCCACGUGUCUACAGCCUACUGCCGCUGCGAGCUGGACACGCUAGAGGAACGUCUGUACGGGUCCAAGCACCAGCCGCGUCACGUCAUGGACACUGUCGAGUGGAUGGACGACGAGUUGUUGAGGCAUUUGGAGCCCAAAAUCAUCGACCCUCAGCCGAACACAUACGCUUACACAAAGUCGCUCACAGAAGAGUUGGUUUCACAGUACGCGGGCAAGUUCCCGAUUGCGAUUGCACGGCCAUCUAUUGUGACCGCGUCCUUAAAAGAGCCUAUCCCCGGCUGGGUGGACAAUCUCAACGGGCCCACCGGUUUGCUGGUCGGAGCUGGAAAGGGAGUGAUCCGCACGAUGCACUGCAACGCGGACUACAAGGCGGACGUGAUCCCCGUGGACCUCGUGGUCAACGGGUGCAUCCUGCUCGCCGCCACCACCGCCGUAGACAAGCCCAAGGAGAUCCAAGUCUGCAACAUUUCCGAGUCAGGGUUGAACCCAUUGACUUGGGGAAGAGCUAUUGAUAUGGGUCGCAAGCACGUGAAAGACUACCCGUUCUCCGUGUGUCUCUGGUACCCGGGCGGUUCGUGCAAGAGCAGCUGGCUUCAGCACCAGCUGGCUCUGUUCUUUACUCAUCUGCUGCCCGCCUACUUCAUCGAUCUGAUCAUGUAUUUGACUGGGAAUAAGACUUUCAUGGUAAAAAUCCAGAAGAAAGUCAGCAUGGGCCUCGACGUGCUUCAGUACUACACCACCAAGGAGUGGGACUUCAAGAAUGACAACUUCCUGGCGCUGAGGCAGAGGGUGUCUAAGGAGGAUGAUGAGGUGUUUUACACGGAUAUUAAGCAAAUCAACUGGGACCUAUACAUCCGCGACUACAUCAAGGGAGCCCGAGAGUUCUGCUGCAAGGAGCCCCCCGCCACGCUGCCGCAGGCGAGGAGGCUGAGCCGACAAUUGUACUACCUGGACCUAGUCACAAAGAUAAUGUUCGCAGCUUUCGCCGUGUAUUUCGUGUUCUACUACGGCAAAAUGCUACUGAGUGUAAUGUAAAUUUUUAAUCGAUAUUUUGAUGUGAUUUUAUUAAUUUAAGUAGAGCAUAGUUUUUAAUUUUACUUAUGAAUUUAAGUCAACACUUAUACCAAUCAAUAAAUUUAAAAUGUAUUUUUUAAUAAAUGUUAAUUUUAAAUGUAAAUCUA